GUUGCACCAACUCGAUCUCAGUCUCGCCAAUGCCGUCUUUCAUCGACGGCCCCACUUUCCGGUCGCUGCUCCGGCCGUCCACCAAUGGACGCCGGACGAAGAUCUCGGACAGCGGCGGCGGCGGCGGGGGCGGGGGCGGGCUCUUUAGGAUGUUCAAGCUCAUGCCCAUGCUAUCGUCCGGGUGCAAGAUGGUGGCGCUGCUCGGCCGGCACAACAAGGCCCUCCUGGCAGACCACGCCACGACGGUGACUCUGUUCGGGCACCGGCGCGGCCGCGUGAGCCUGGCCAUCCAUGAGGACACGCGCGCGCCGCCGCUGUUCCUCAUCGAGCUUCCCAUGCUGACGAGCGCGCUGCACAGGGAGAUCUCGUCCGGGGUGGUCAAGCUGGCGCUCGAGAGCGACACCCGCAGCGCGCGCCGCCGGCUCGUGGAGGAGUACGUCUGGGCCGUCUACUGCAACGGCCGCAAGGCCGGCUACGCCAUCCGCCGGAAGGAGGCCUCCGACGACGAGCGCCACGUGCUGCGCCUGCUGCGCGGCGUGUCCAUGGGCGCCGGCGUGCUGCCGGCGGCGCCCGAGAAGGAGGGCGGCUUGCCAUCGGGGCCCGACGGCGAGCUCACGUACGUGCGCGCCCGCGUCGAGCGCGUCGUCGGGUCCAAGGACUCAGAGGCCUUCUACAUGAUCAACCCCGAGGAGGGUGGCAACGGUGGCGACAGUGGCACCGGAGGUGGCGGCACACCGGAGCUGAGCAUUUUCCUAGUAAGGAUGAAAUGAGCAAACCAUGUUACCACACAUACAUACUUAUGAAUCUGAACAUAUACACACGCUCCUGUUGCACAGAGCUGAGGUGUUUGAUGAAAUUAUUUGUCAAUA